AAUUAUCCUAUGAUCGAUCACUGCUACGACGUUGUGAUCAUCGGCGCUGGGGGCGCGGGAUUAAGGGCUGCGUUCGGUUUAGGAAGCAAGGGUUACCGUGUGGCGGUGGUGACGAAAUUAUUCCCGACGAGAUCGCACACGGUGGCCGCGCAAGGUGGAAUCAACGCGGCGAUCAACGCGGAGGCCGACGACAACUGGCUGUACCAUAUGUACGACACCGUCAAAGGAUCCGACUGGCUCGGGGACCAAGAUGCGAUACACUUUUUAACCAGGGAGGCGCCGCGCGCCGUAUACGAACUCGAGAAUUAUGGCUGUCCGUUCAGUCGCAAGGAGGACGGAACGAUCUAUCAGCGAGCAUUCGGCGGCCAGUCGUUGAAGUUCGGAAAAGGCGGCAUAGCACAAAGAACAUGCGCCGUCGCCGAUAGAACCGGUCACGCGAUAUUGCACACAUUAUACGGGCAGUCCCUCCGCUACGAGGUGCAUUAUUUCGUCGAGUACUUCGCCCUUGAUCUCCUCAUGCUCGGCCGUUGCUGCAAGGGCGUCUUGGCGUGGGAACUGGAAACCGGCCUCUUGCAUCGUUUCAGGGCUCAUCACACGAUGUUAGCAACGGGAGGAGCAGGAAGAUGUUAUUUAUCGUGCACCGCGGCGCACACCUGCACCGGCGACGGAAUGGCGAUGGCCUCGAGAGCAGGAUUGCCUCUUCAGGACAUGGAAUUCGUCCAAUUCCAUCCGACCGGCAUAUACGGGACCGGAAUUCUGAUAACGGAGGGCAGCAGGGGAGAAGGCGGGAAGCUGCUGAACUCCAACGGAGAAUUCUUCAUGGAACGGUACGCCCCGAACGCGAAGGAUCUGGCCUCGCGCGACGUCGUCUCGCGGGCAAUUACCGUGGAGAUAUUCGAGGGCAGAGGCGUCGGCCCGAAGAAGGACCACAUGUUCCUGCAACUGCAUCACCUGCCGGCGGAGACGUUGCGCACGAAGCUGCCCGGUAUCAAGCACUUGUCCUGGGUGUUCGCCGGCGUGAACAUCGAGAAAUCACCGAUCCCGGUGAUACCGACGAGCCACUACAACAUGGGUGGCGUGCCGACCAAUUGGAAAGCACAGGUUCUGACGCGGGAGGACGAGGAAGACAAGGUGAUCGAAGGACUGUGGGCUGCCGGUGAAACCGCAUGCGCCUCGGUCCACGGAGCCAAUCGGCUGGGCGCGAACAGCCUUCUAGAGCUGGUCGUCUUCGGCAAGGCGAUCGCCGACCAGAUCGACUGCAUGACGAGACCCGGCGAACGACACGAGGACUUGUCAGCCGCUGUCAGCGAGCAGUCGGUCUGCCGUUUCGAUGCGACACGUUUCGCGAAAGGCUGCAUACCGGUCGCCGAGCUGCGCGAGGAGAUGCAACAGACUAUGCAAAGAUACUGCUCGGUGUUCCGCACCUGCGACGUGCUGCAACGGGGAUGCCGCGAGCUGACGCGUCUUUACACCUGCGACCUGCCGGACAUAUGUGUCCAGGACCAAUCGUUAAUUUGGAACACAGAGCUCGUCGAGGCUCUGGAAUUGCAAAACUUGAUGCUGGUCUGCUUGCACAUUAUGUUCGGCGCGGAGAACAGAAAAGAAUCGAGGGGAUCGCAUGCCCGGGAUGAUUUCAAGCAAAGGAUAGACGAAUACGACUACGCGAAACCGCUCGACGGCCAGAAGAAACGACCGUAUUCCGAACAUUGGCGAAAGCACACGCUCGCGUGGGCUCGAUCGGAUGGAGCCAUCAGCAUUUCUUAUCGACCUGUUAUCGACUCGACGUUAGACGAAGACGAGGCGCAGCACGUCCCACCAACGAUCCGAGCGUACUGACGCGAAUGCCUCGAGCACGAAGCACGUGCCGGUCCUUAUCAAUCGAAAAAUCGUCGACGCGAACCCGUGGAUGACCGUUGUAACGCGUCGCAGAGACCGGCAGUGACCCAGCACGCCGAACUUUCCAUAAACAAUGAAUGCCGACCGGAGACGCGGACCCCUGUGCCCGCACCAUUUCCAUAUCACAGCCAUGAAAUACCGUAUUUAGCACGUGCGGAGUUUUUUUAUACUCGUCGCGUCUGGUUACCGUUUCCUUGAUUUCGUUUUCCGCCGAUUAGUCACCGUCGGCGCCGGUCGAUUGAACAAAUUUCUGCACGUUCCGUUCGCCGUCCCUAUUUGUGUAACGAAAGGUUCUACCGAAAGGUAGACGUUCUAAAUAAUAAAAAUAAAAGAAUAAAAAUUCUAAACUCUCGUUUAGAUCGUUGACAUUGUUUAGAAAAUAGCUGCUCGCGCGAAACGGUUUGUAAACAAUUUAUAUGUAGCGGAUGCAAAUAAAAGUGAAAUGGUUCUGCUUUAUUUUCUCGUUCAUGUGGUUGUAAUGUUCGAAUUUCAGUCUAAAUGUUGGUUAAUAACGCUGUUGUUUGUAGAAAUUUAACGCUUUAUCUACCGGCAGUCUUUUUUCUAUUUUUUAAACAGUCAUCUGUAAUCCAUCGAAUUGUUUGGAUUAAUGUUAAUUGAUUAAAAUUGUUUGGAUUGGAUUUUAAUAGGCUUCCGGAAAAUAAAGUGUUAAGAUUUAUUAUGUAAUUUUAAUAAAUAAAUAUAGUAAAUAAGUUAUAUACA